AUGGCCGCCCGUGUGUUCCUCGUGGGCAUCCUGCUCCUGCUGCUGCCCACGCCUGCCCCUGCCCCCUGCUACACUGCUGCGAGAUCCGAGUGCCAGAGCGUCCGCAAGGCGGUGCCUGGCUCCGAGCUGGCGGGGGAGGGCGUGGAUGUGACCAGUCUCAGGCGCUCAGGCUCCUUCCCGGUGGAUACCGAGAGCUUCCUACGGCCCGAUGGCACCUGCACCCUCUGCCGCAACGCCCUCAAAGGGGGUGCCCUCCAGCGCCUGCCCCUGGCGCUCACCCACUGGCGGGCCCAGGGCUCAGGCUGCCAGCGCCAUCUGGCCAGGGCCAAGGCCAGCUCCACAGAGACCGUGGCCAAGGAAGCAGCUUCCAGCAUCCGCAAUGACUGGAAGGCAGGGCUGGAGGUAAACCUCAAGCCCAGCACCAGUGCCCGCGUGACAGUGGCCGGCUCGCACUCCGAACAGGCCAACUUUGCAGCUGACAAAACCCACAAGGACCAGUACAGCUUCAGCACCGACACAGUGGAGUGCCGCAUCUAUAGGUUUCACCUGGUGCACGCUCCGCCACUCCACCCCGAGUUCAGGAGGGCCAUCAGGGACCUGCCCCCCCACUUCAACGCCUCCACCGAGCCCGACUACCGAAGGCUCAUCUCCAACUACGGCACCCACUUCGCCAGCUCCAUGGAGCUGGGCGGCAGGGUCUUCGCCCUCACCGCCCUGCGCACCUGCGAGCUGGCCCUGGGCGGGCUCUCGGCCGACGAGGUGGGGGCCUGCCUGGCCGUGGAGGCCGAGGUCAGCAUCGGCAGCCGCGCCAGCUCCUCGUCGGAAUACAAGGCCUGCGAGGAGAAGAAGAGGCAGCACAAGAUCGCGGCGUCCUUCCACCAGGCCUACCAGGAGCGCUACUCCCGGGUGGUGGGCGGCCACCACACCGCGGUGUCCGACUUGCUGUUCGGGAAAGACGCGGGGCCCGAGCAGUUCUCGGCCUGGGUGAGAUCCCUGGCGGACAGGCCCGGCCUGGUGGACUACAACCUGGUGCCGCUGCAUGAGCUUCUGCGGAAGCAGGACCCGCGGCGGGAGGCGCUGAGGCAGGCCGUGAGCAAGUACGUGAUGGAUCGUGCCCGCUGGAGGGACUGCAGCCGGCCCUGCCGCCCGGGCCAGCAGAAGAGCCCCCACGACCCCUGCCAGUGCGUGUGCCACGGCUCCGCGGUCACCAACCAGGACUGCUGCCCCCGGCAGAGGGGCCUGGCCCGCUUAGAGGUGAUGAACUUCCAGGCGACGGGUCUGUGGGGAGACACAUUCACAUCCGCGGACGCCUACCUGAAGGUCUUCUUCGGGGGCCAGGAGCUGAGGACGGGCACGGUGUGGAACAACAACAACCCCGGGUGGGCGACGCGGCUGGACUUUGGGGAUGUGGUCCUGGUCUCCGGGGGGCCCCUGAGGGUGCAGGUCUGGGACCAAGACUCUGGCUGGGACGACGACCUGCUGGGCACCUGUGACCGGACUCCGCAGGCCGGCCAGCACAGGGUGGAGUGCAGCCUGCAUCACGGGCGCCUGGCGUUCUCGUACCACGCCACCUGCCUGCCUCACCUGAAAGGGGCCACGUGCGUGGAGUACGCGCCCCAAGGGCUUCUGGGGGAGCCCCCGGGAAACCGAAGUGGAGCCGUGUGGUGA